AUGUUUCUCUUCCAGGUGGAGAACGACAAUGAGGACUCAGGUCCAAUCCAUCCCUGCUGCUCGAUUUGCAUGGGAAUCUUUCUGAUCUUGCUCGCACCCUACGUCAUUUGGCACACAGAGGGCGACUACAUCAAGACGCUUCAGGUGCUGGAAGCUGCGGGCAAGGGCGCUGUGCAGCCGUGCCCCUAUCGUGAGGACGGCAGGUGCACAGAUUGCAGCUUGGACGCCUUGCGCGACGGCCAGUUGGUAUUCCUGGCAUGUGAGUUCGGCAACUUGAAGACACUCACGGAUGUGCAGAAGGACGCCUUUGAUUUGCCCACGCUCGCCCCGAUGGUGAAUGGAAGAGAGCGGGCCGCGGCAUUCAAGUGGAGAGCGCAGAUGUACCAAAUCCAGCAGGUUUCAAGAGGGACGAAGGCGGUGAGUAUGGACGUCCCUGACUGCUCCGUGAGCCAGGUUAUAGGUAUGGAUGAUGACAACGAUCCCGGAGCUGUUCAGCGCCAGAGACUAUGCUGCCCCAGAGCUGGCCAAGCGAAGUUUGACAGGCUCUACUACGGCGUCAACAAGCAAUGCCAGCCGUACAAGAGCAAGGCAGCGCUGUUCCAAACCAAUGCAGAGGCCCAGCUCGUUGAAUUGGAGGAGCUGCCGACGAACACGAGCGAUGUAGCGGAUGCCUUUGAUCGACCUUUGACAAAGCGCAGGCUGAAGGAGGUGAAGGACGAUACCAGGCGAAGGAGGACCUCCUACACUUGCUCUUACCCAUGCUUUUCGUGGAGGCAGGGCUGGGAAGGCGAUGAGGCGACAAAUCCGGAUGAGAGUGGGCAGCGAUACCUGCCUACUUCUCAGAGGUGGCAUGGUUGA